UAAGGUGCUACUGAAGGAAUUUUUUUUUUUUGCUUCGACUCAGACCAACACGGCUACCUACCUGUAACUAGAAGUAAGGUAUCCUGUAAGUCUUGGUUUUAGAUAGAGGGGUAACAAGUGACUAGAUAAAAAUUUUACACUGAAAAAGUGUACAUAAAAGCAUUUGCAACCAUGUAAUGUCCUUGGCCCAGUCCUCCAGCUUGGCUGACUGCCCAUUGUCGGCAGUUACCCAAUUGUAAAGUUAUCUCUGUUAAUUAUUCUUUGGCCUAAAUUCAGUAGAGGGAAAGCUCCGCUGACUUCAUCAGACUUGUAUCAGAACCAUUUUGAUGGACUUUCCUUUAUUGAUUUUGCUUGUUGGUUUCCAAGCCCUUUUAGGCUCUAGAAAGUCAUACUGUUUAAGUAAGAUAUGGAAUCUCCUUCAGAGGGCUGUGAUAAACAGGGAUAAAUAUGAUCAUGCUCUUAUCACACUUGCUCAGGACAAAUGUCUGCAAGCUGCUUCACUGUGUCCCAGGAAUAAGCCCUUCCAAAAAGCAAGUAGCUGGGGGAAUUUAGCUCAAACACAGAGCAAUAAUUUUCUGCUGCAACCCUGUCACUCUUUCUGCCAGAAGCUGCUGUUACCCCAAUGGCCUUUCUUACUUACCAUAUUUCUUACCUGAUUUUCUUUGCCAAACCAAUAUCAGAACAUGUUAUGUUAAAAUUCCAAUACACAGUUAAAUAAACACCAAUAGAGUAGAGCUCUCCCAUAUAUUAGCACUCUUAGCAUGUGAGUAACUUGGGGUUUUCUAGUGAAGCUAGCAGUGUGCCCUUGUAAGGGACUUUGGGUGAGUGACCAAGAUAGCACCAGAGCAUUUCUAGAAAUAAGAGUUUUAUUGAGAAAAUAUACUAACAUUGCAAUUUAAUAGUUAACUGUUAGCAGAGACAGGAAGGUUAGAGAGAAUGGUCAUGAGAAGUGAUACUGAAGGAAAGCUGUACAGUGAAUUGCUUUGGCUUCUCAGGAAGGGGAAGUGGGCAGAGAAGAAUAGCAGUAGGAAUUAAAGAAUUGACAAGAGAAAAUGUUAUAUCUUUUUGUACUUAUGCUCUGUUGAAGGGGGGAAUCCUUGGUGCCAUAGUGAACUCCAGAAUGAAGAAACUCAUUGGCCAUGGCAGGAUGCUACUGGGUAGAGUCCACCUGAAAGGAAAGUGCAGAAAAGGGGCGCUCAAAGCUGGGGGGGAUCACUAAGCCUACAUUUAUCACAACAGAAUCCUUUUAUGGAAUCCUCUGGAGCUGAAGGGUUUCAGAGGUGCAAGAGUGAGCACCCAGGCAGGAGUUCCUAAGGCUAAUCAAGCAAGAUUAUCUGCCAAUCAAGACUGCUUCUUAAAUCACUCCGCUUUUGUGACCUCAGGACUUUCAGCUGAAUCUUGGAUCUAAGAUCAUUUAUAGUCUAAAAAGAAUGGGAUGAUCCUAGCUAAAAGGAGGAUGAGCAGGUGAAUUGCGGUCUGCCAUGGACCAGACAAAUGCUAAUAAACUUAACAGUAAUAAGAAGAGGGCCAGUUCAUCUAAUCAACCUCAUGGUGGAUGGAUUUAUACUGAACAGUGUGUCCAGCCAUGUUCCCGGAGUUAAUUAUUCUCCAGAAGGUGGCCGUGAGCAGAAAAGAGAGCAACAGCGAACUCCAGCAAACCUCCGGGCUCAGCAGAAACCCUGGCAAGCGCCUGCCGCUCAAGUGCUCUGACAGCUGCUGGUUCCCUGCCUCUCUUCUUUCUAGCACAUUGGUGCCGCCACCCCUCUUUUCACAUUUACUGUAAACUGGGAUCUAAAGGCAGAACUGCUACAGGCACCUUCUCUCCGUCCUUAGAGGCACAGCUCUGAAAUUGCAAUGGCAGGAAAGGGCUAUGGCUAUUAUCGGGUGGUGAUAUUCACUGCCAUGUUCAUCGGCUACACCCUGUACUAUUUCAACCGAAAAACGUUCUCGUUUGUGAUGCCUUCAAUCAUGGAAGAGAUAAGCCUUGACAAAGAUGACUUGGGUCUCAUCACCAGCAGCCAGUCUGCAGCUUACGCCAUUAGCAAGUUCAUUAGUGGAGUCCUUUCUGACCAAAUGAGUGCCCGGUGGCUUUUUUCCUCUGGCCUCCUGUUGGUGGGCUUAGUCAAUGUGGUCUUCUCUUGGAGCUCUACCGUCACCAUCUUCGCAGGGUUGUGGUUCCUCAAUGGGCUGGCCCAGGGCCUAGGGUGGCCCCCAUGUGGAAAAGUACUGCGCAAGUGGUUUGAACCUUCCCAGUUUGGGACUUGGUGGGCCAUCCUCUCCACCAGCAUGAACCUGGCAGGAGGGCUGGGCCCUAUUGUAGCUGCUCUGAUGGCUCUGAGCUAUGACUGGCGCACAACUCUGACCCUUUCCGGUUCUGUGUGUGUGGUCGCCUCCUUUGUGUGCCUGCUCCUGAUUAAGAAUGAGCCCUCGGACGUGGGACUGCCCAACAUUGAGCCUGGGCCCAAGAAAGGGAAAAAGGGCUCCUCAGGAAAUGACAGCACACUGGCUGAGCUGCUGCUUUCUCCAUACCUCUGGGUCCUGUCUACCGGCUAUCUGGUUGUCUUUGGUGUGAAGACAUGCUGUACAGACUGGGGGCAGCUAUUUCUCAUCCAGGAAAGAGGACAGUCUGCACUUGUGGGAAGUUCCUACAUGAGCGCCUUGGAAGUUGGGGGCCUGGUUGGCAGCAUUGCAGCUGGCUAUCUUUCAGACCAAGCAGUGGCACGGGUGGGCCUGUCAAAUUAUGGGAACCCUCGACACAAACUUCUUCUCACCAUGAUGGCAGGCAUGUCGGCUUCUAUGUACCUCUUCCGGGUCACAGUCACAGCCAGCUCUCCUAAGGAAAGCGACUAUUGGAUUCUAGCCCUCCAUCCUCUUGCUAACCUUGUGGGCUUAACAGAACACGAGUUAUGGAUCCUGCUAUUAGGAGCUAUCUUUGGAUUUUGCUCUUAUGGGCCGAUUGCAUUGUUUGGAGUAAUAGCCAAUGAGAGUGCACCGUCAAACCUGUGUGGAACUUCACACGCCAUUGUUGCACUAAUGGCAAAUGUUGGAGGGUUCCUGGCUGGGCUACCUUUCAGUACCAUCGCCAAGCACUACAGCUGGGGAACAGCUUUCUGGGUAGCAGAAAUUACCUGCACAGUCGGCACAGUAGUGUUUUUCUUCUUGAGGAACAUCCGCACCAAGAUGGGCCGUGUACCAAAGAAGGCUGACUAAAGCACAGCGGUGGCUUGGCUGUUGGAGGAGUCUCCCACUGCAACCAUGGGUUUUUAAAAA